GUUCUGGUAAUUAGGUAACCCUAAUCGACUAAUAUUAUCUUACAGAUGCAGAUACAGUGCCAUUACACAUAAGGCGUCCCACUGACAUCUUUCUUUUGGUUUUACUUCAGCCCUCAGGGUUCUCAAGUCGUGCAACCGUGAAGGGGGUGUGUGUAUAGACCUAAACCACGGUACGACCACCCUGGCCUUCAAGUUCAAACAUGGAGUCAUCGUGGCUGUGGACUCCAGAGCCUCUGCUGGGCGUUACUUAGCAUCCAAUGAUGUCAACAAGGUCAUAGAGAUUAACCCGUACCUGCUGGGCACCAUGUCAGGCAGCGCUGCAGACUGCCAGUACUGGGAGAGACUCCUGGCCAAAGAAUGCAGACUGUACAGGCUGAGGAACAACCACAGGAUCUCUGUGGCUGCUGCCUCCAAGCUGCUGUCUAACAUGAUGCUGGGUUACAGAGGCAUGGGGCUCUCUAUGGGAAGCAUGAUCUGCGGAUGGGACAAAGAGGGUCCUGGUCUUUACUAUGUGGACGAUAACGCGACCCGUCUGUCCGGCCGUAUGUUCUCGACCGGCUGCGGCAACAGUUGCUACGGCGUGGUGGACAGCGGCUACCGGGAGGACAUGACGGUGGAGGAGGCGUAUGAGCUGGGCCGCAGGGGCAUCGCUCAUGCUACGCACAGGGACGCUUACUCUGGAGGGUUUGUCAACAUGUACCACAUGCGGGAGGAUGGCUGGAUAAAGGUGUGUAAGGAGGAUGUAUCCGAGCUGAUCCACCGCUACAGGAAGGGGAUGUUCUGAGUUUGAUCCAGAUCAACCUCAGCAUUCUCAAAAAUGAUGCUACUUAUUUUGCCAAUAUUUCCAUAUAUUACAAAAGUAUCUUGGAAUAGUUGGCAUCUGAUUUUGGGAAUGAAUGACCUGUCUACAGGAGUGUGUGGUGCAUUUUCCAAUUUGGGAUCAGUUAAUGUUUGAAUGACAAUGCUACGUACAACCAUUUCUUUAGCGAGAGAAAGUUGUCAUCCUGGUUUUAAGAAUGAUUGUUUGUUGUUCUUUAAAGUGUGUAAUGGAAGUACUUUGUAUGUUAGUACUUAUAUGGCUCUGUAAUGCAUUUUGCAGGUUAUGCUCACAAGACAACCUCUUAAAAUAAUCUUACUAACACUGUACAACACUCAGCUCCAAAUAAAGACUGUUGGUCAACUCA